GAUGGUGAGAAGCCGGCCAGACAGGCGUAGGACCAAGAGCAGUUUGGCGUUUGUGAGGUCUUGUUAUAGUCGAAAGUAAGAAGGCCCCGGGCUUAUAUUGAGAGCAUCUGUGGCGGGAUUUACAUUUCUUCCUGAAAAGAAGAUUCUUCAAUCACUAUGUCAACUGACACAGAUGUGUCUCUUUCUUCAUAUGAUGAGGAUCAGGGAUCUAAACUUAUCCGAAAAGCAAAAGAGGCACCAUUUGUCCCCAUUGGAAUGGCAGGUUUUGCUGCAAUCGUUGCAUAUGGAUUAUAUAAAUUGAAGAGCAGAGGAAAUACUAAAAUGUCCGUUCAUCUGAUUCACAUGCGUGUGGCAGCCCAAGGCUUUGUUGUGGGAGCAAUGACUCUUGGUAUGGGUUACUCCAUGUAUCGAGAAUUCUGGGCAAAACCUAAACCUUAGAAGAAGAGAUGCUGUCUUGGUGGUGCUUGUCUUAGUUAGACAUCUCACAUUGAGGUUAUAUAUUUAUACUGAGAAUAAAUUAAAUGGGUCAGACAUUAAUGCAGUAAUUUGAAUACUGGUUUUCUUUCUUGGCUUGAUUUGCCUGGUGACCAAGUUACUGGUGACCAGUUAAGUAGCUAGGUUAUUCAGGGGAGUCACAUUAGCAAAAAAGAAGCAGGUCACCUUUAAAUGCAUUUGGUAGUGGUAAAAUGUCGACCUUCCUAAACUUUUCUGUUGAAAUUAGUUCUAAAGAAGACAACAUGCCAAUCCUGAAAUACUCCUAGCUGCUGCUCACAUGCUUUUGAUGUAAUGUAGAAAUCCUAUUUACUCCAGUUAAUUUAACUCUUUGCCCUGUGGACUGAGUAUUCAGUUUUAAAGGGCUGGUUGGCUCUUGAGGAGCCCUUUCAGAAUAGUGCAUGCAGUAUAACAUUAUAAGCCUUCUACAAUUGACAGUAUGUUUGGUGUGUUUUUAAACCAAAUAUAAAAAGUUGGUAACAGCAACGUAGAAGUAGUACUUAUUUCAGAAUCAUGCUUGUAAACAUGAGACUAAUUUAAUUAUGGAUCCCCAUUUAGCUCUUUCAUAAUUGCAGAGUUAUGUUUUGCUGCUGUUAGAAUAUUUAAAUGUCAUCUCGAAAUAGAAAUAAUUUUAAGUGCUAAUGCAAAAGUAAAUGAAAAAUACUUUUUAAACAUGUGCAGUAAGUUUAUUUUCUCUGUAAGAAUCAUAAAUGUUAAACUAAAUAAAUUGCCUAUAAUGGAAGUGAUUGGUUUAUGAGCAGGCUUGUUUGGUCAGACAUUAUACCCAAACUUUGGUAGACUACAGAAUGCUUUGUUGCACCUGUGAAAUUCUCUUGUCUAACCUGAAUUUACAUUCCAUGGUGAUAACAUGGUAAAUGUAGUGUUAAUAAAAUAAGAGAACACA